CACACACACCCAGGCACACACAGUGGACAUGUACGCCCCCACCCCAAGUCUGUUGGAAUCAUGGAGUUAUGUAGAGGCCCUGCCCAGGUGAGAUCCAGCCCUCAGUACCAGGCAAAUGCAAUUCCCUGCUUUCCUUCUUGACUCUCUGCAGAGCAUGGAACCCUGGUCUGGAGUCACCCAGCCCUUCUCAACCACUUCCUUUUAUGUGACCGUCUGAGCCUCUACUUGGUCAUCAGUAAAAUGGGGCUGAUGAUAGGAACCAACUAACCACCCUGUUCACCCGCUGCCGGGACCAUGGGGGCUGGGGCCAGCGCCGAGGAGAAGCACUCAAGGGAGCUGGAAAAGAAGCUAAAAGAAGAUGCCGAGAAGGAUGCUCGAACCGUGAAACUGCUGCUUCUGGGUGCCGGUGAGUCCGGGAAGAGCACCAUUGUCAAGCAGAUGAAGAUUAUCCACCAGGAUGGGUACUCUCUGGAAGAGUGCCUCGAGUUCAUUGCCAUCAUCUACGGCAACACACUGCAGUCCAUCCUCGCCAUCGUGCGUGCCAUGACCACGCUCAACAUCCAGUAUGGAGACUCUGCGCGCCAGGACGACGCCCGGAAGCUGAUGCACAUGGCGGACACCAUCGAGGAAGGCACGAUGCCCAAGGAGAUGUCAGACAUCAUCCAGCGGCUGUGGAAGGACUCGGGUAUCCAGGCCUGUUUCGAACGCGCCUCUGAGUACCAGCUCAACGACUCGGCGGGCUACUACCUCUCCGACCUGGAGCGCCUGGUAACCCCGGGCUACGUGCCCACUGAGCAGGACGUGCUGCGCUCGCGUGUCAAGACCACGGGUAUCAUUGAGACUCAGUUCUCCUUCAAGGACCUCCACUUCCGGUACGACCCGGCGAGCCCUCACCCUUGCUCUCGCUCUAGGGGUCUGGCCCCGAGUGCAGCUCCCCGAGGCCCCGACAGGUCCCGGAGACCCCAUCCCUACGAGAGCCCUUGUUCCUUCUAUGAUACCCUGCCCGCAGAAAGGCUCGGGCCCUCCACAUGCCAGUCCCAUCCGAAUGCCGCCCAGUCAGCAUUAGGAGGCCAGGGGAUACCUGUGGGCGCGUUCAGGGGGCUCGAUGCGCACGGGUUCAGGUCCCAACUGUCCCAUAGGAUGUUCGAUGUGGGCGGGCAGCGCUCUGAGCGCAAGAAGUGGAUCCAUUGCUUCGAGGGUGUAACCUGUAUCAUCUUCAUCGCGGCACUGAGCGCCUACGACAUGGUGCUGGUGGAGGACGACGAAGUGAACCGCAUGCACGAGAGCCUGCACCUGUUCAACAGCAUCUGCAACCACCGCUAUUUCGCUACCACGUCCAUUGUGCUCUUCCUCAACAAGAAAGACGUUUUCUCAGAGAAGAUAAAAAAGGCACAUCUCAGCAUCUGCUUCCCUGAUUACGACGGUGAGAGCCGCACCCCCUCGCCUGGCCGCCAGGCGGCGCCCCAACCCCAUGAUGUGGGCCUGAGCUUCUGCCGUCGCAGGAAGGACUGCGGACAUGGAGUGAGCACAUUCCCCUUUCCUUCCAGGGCCCAACACGUACGAGGACGCGGGCAACUACAUCAAGGUGCAGUUCCUGGAGCUCAACAUGCGACGCGACGUGAAGGAGAUCUAUUCCCACAUGACUUGCGCUACCGACACACAGAACGUCAAGUUUGUCUUCGAUGCUGUCACCGAUAUCAUCAUCAAGGAGAACCUCAAAGAUUGCGGCCUCUUUUGAGGUGGGUUCCUGGCGGUCUGGGAUGCUCCCCUGUCUUGCCCCUUGGUCUCAAUACCUUAUUACACGGCCUCCCCAGCUCCUCACCCCACCUCACUACAACAGGUCCUACUGCAGGCCAUCAGGUCCUGCCCCAUCUCUCCAGACCCAUUCCACUGCCUGCUUCUGGCCCCCAAUUCCCAGGCCCCAUCCUGGCCCCUCAGGUUCCACCCCACUGCCCACAGCCCGUGCCCCUGGUGCAUAAGUCCCACCCACCUAAUCUCUUUUGACCCGACCCCAAUCCCCCAGGGGUCACUGCUUACAAGCCCACCUCCACAGUGCCUCUCAGCCUAAGACCAAUUAUUUUGGAGCUCUGGGAUGUUGACUGGCAUCCUUUUUCUGUUCACAGGUGCUUGAACUCACGUGUGUCCCUGACACCCGGUAGCCCUAGCCACCUCGUAGCCCUAGCACACAAGAGCCUCUCAGCUCCCCAGGACUCCUGGGCCCCAGCGUGAGGCCCCACCAGCCACGCCACAGAUCCAAAGCCCUGAGCCCCACCAGCCUUGAGGCCCCAGCCCUCCCCCGUGGUUGCCAGGUCUCCCAGAGCCAGGUACCCCCAACCCGACUGCUGCCCUUCACGGCCUGGCUGCGCUGGCCUCCAGGACCCACCCCAGCCAGCCCCAGCUAGGAGCAGGCAGGACUUGGGGCAGCUAGAGCUCACAGUGACUCAGCAUGCCCAACUGACCAAUCUCCUACAGGUCUCUCCGCAGGGGGCCCAUGACUCACCUGGUGGGUCUGGGCUCGGCAAACAGCCCUCCCUCCCAGUUUCCUGAAGAGCAGGGGGGGCAGGCAGGGAUCCCUCCUCCAAGCAGGCCUGCUGCUGACCAUCAGCCCAUUCCAGCCUUACCACCUCCAUGUGACAAAUCUGACACCUGUCUCUACCCGGUGGCCAGUGACUGUCCCUCUCAGUAGCUUCAGGAGUCCAAAGUCCAAGUCAGUCUGGCCUGUGCAGCUCCUGCAUAGAUGAAUUAAUGAGUGGAUGCAGGCC